GCCUGAGACUGAGAGGGAUAGGCGAUUUUUCCAGCUUCCUUCGUCGAAAGGACACUGACUUAAUCGACAUUUGUCCAAACUCUGCCUCCUUAGUUCACUAGUUCUUAGGCUUGCGGUUGCGGGCCAAGAGCUAGUUAAAAGCAGAGGAAAAUGCCUCCUACGUUAUCCCCUGUCCAAAGGUUAGCGCCAGACCAUUCGCCACUGAAUAAUUUAGGGCUGCAACAUUCAGGUGGGUUUCAGACACGAAUCGGAUUCCAGGUUUGGACAAGAUUGACCAGAAAAUUACUCGGGCUUUUAGGCACCCUGCUCUCGAUAUUGGUCGCCCUCUUACAAAUACGAUUCCAAUCAACAACGGCCUCCCCUUUCGUCACACACAGGCUCCACUUCGCAGCAUUUUUCACCGGCAUCGUCAUCUUUACUGUAUUACUGGUAAUCGGAUUCAAACUCGAAGCUGAGAAUUCAAACGGCCCGGCGACGAUUGUGAGCACAAUCUACCUCUACAUCGGGUAUCUAAGUCUAAUCCCACUGCUUUUGAUAAUCGAGCCUUACGUUGGAUGGACGUUGCUCAUCCUAUGGUUCUUCUUUGUAAAGUGGGCUUGGGAUUGGGAAUCCUUCAAAGAGAUCUGUGAUUUAAUUGUAUCUGCGGUUGAGCCUGCAACUAAUUCUCUGAAAACCCUAUUCAAUGGCAGUCGCAAUCAGAACGAAGAAGCAAACAUGUCUACCAAUGUUUAAACCAAGAGGGUUUUCAAAAUGCUGCAGAUUGCAGAAUAAGAGUACUUUUGAACACUCAGACCAUGGUGCCUGUCAUCUACCUCUUUCAUCCCUUCUCCAAAACCCAUCCAUUUUUGCUUUUCUCCGAAUUCCACAGUCGAUAUUGAUGCUAAUCAUCACAAGAAGGUGUUUUUAGAGCAAUCCCUCUUGUAUCCUUGAAAGAAGAAAAGAGUGGAGAAUGAAAAGGAAAGGAAAUG